AUGCUUGUGAACCUGAGAAUCAUUUAUGUCCGGGCUACGGCUCAAUACUUGUGGUUUUCAGGAAGAGGCAGCAUUGCCAUGGGACUGGCUGAGGCAGAGUCUCAGUGUUGCCCUGCACAGGCUGAGGCAAACUUUUCAGCAUCUGAAGAUUUGCAUUACAUCCAAAGGCUUGAGGGUGAAUCUGUGGACAUAGAUUGUGUUGCAGAAGCAAGUAAACCCCGCCCAGCGCUUCUGCACCUGAGACGAAGAUUUGCUCCUUCAGAAAGUCUGUUGAACAUCUCCGAAGAUAACGCCGUGAGAGCAGAUCCAGAGAUUGAGGGACGAAUCAGUAUAUCUGGACGGCUUAAGUUAUUCACUGUUACUCUGACUCUUUCUCAUUUAAGAGCCACAGACACGGGGCUUUAUUUCUGCGAUUUCUCAGGAAAUCCAUCAGAUCCGCUCCCGGCGAACACCGCUCUCUUUCUGCUUGUAAAAGCGCCAGGUGAGUCGUGCUCCUGUAGGAGGUAUUCUCUGCUUAUAUAUUCCAUCACAGGAGGAGUGAGUCUGCUCUUACUCUCGGCCAUCGCUGCCUUUGGGACACAUUAUAAAAAGCCACAAGCUCAACCAGAGUGUGAAAGCACAGUUCCAAUUUAUGAAGACAUGUCAAGUGUGAAAGGAAAAGGAAGCAGUCCUUGGAUUUGUCCACAAGACCCUGAAACAUCUGCUCCAGGGUGGAAGACUAUGCUGGAAAACCUCUAUGGAUCCCCCAAUCGGAAAAAUGUGGAACAACAACAGGAAAGGGAAUUAUCAUAAAUUCAGCUUCGUUGUGAAUAAAGCUAUGCAGUGUAUUCAUUUGAAGGGUCAUGUGUAAGUUAAUAAGGAGUAGGGGCGCUCUCUCUCUCUCUCUCUCUAUAUAUAUAUAUCGUGAUAUGUUAUAAUUGUGUAUGCUGAGCCUGGUAAUCUCAGUCUGGUCUGUUCUCUGAAAAGUAGACAGUAGUAACAUUUGUGGACUUGAUCUUGAACUGUGUAUUUGAAACAGCAUAGCUACCUUCUGAUGUUAAUUUAUGUUUAUUACAUGCUUAAAUUAGUAGUAAAUAUUACAUAACAAUAUUAAUCACAAAUGUUACAUUUUAAAAAGUAUGUCAUCCCACUUAAUAAAUGCAUAAUAAC